CCCCCGCCGCCCUCGCCGCCCCGGGCAAGGACACGCCGCCGCGCGGCCAGCACGGGCAGGGGGCCGCCGCCAUGGGGCCGCAGGGCAAAGGCGCCCCCGCGGAGCGCGGCGAGGAGGCGGCGCGGCCGUGCUGCGGCUGCCGGUUCCCGCUGCUGCUCGCGCUGCUGCAGCUGGCCCUGGGCCUCGCCGUGACCGUGCUGGGCUUCCUCAUGGCGAGCGCCAGCUCCUCGCUGCCGCUCAGGGCCACUCCGUUUUGGGCUGGGAUCACUGUGUGCUUAGUGGCCUAUCUUGGUUUGUUCAUGCUCUGUGUCUCGUAUCAAGUUGACGAACGGACAUGUAUCCAGUUUGCAAUGAAACUGCUGUAUUUUCUGCUGAGCGCCCUGGGCCUGGUGGUGUGCGUGCUGGCCGUGGCGUUUGCUGCCCACCACUAUUCACAGCUCACACAGUUUACCUGCGCAACCGCGCUCGACUCCUGCCAGUGCAAACUGCCCUCCUCGGAGCCACUCAGCAGGACCUUUGUGUACCGGGAUGUGACUGACUGUGCCAGCAUCACUGGCACUUUCAAGUUGUUCUUACUCAUCCAAAUAAUUCUUAACCUGGUCUGUGGCCUUGUGUGCUUGCUGGCCUGCUUUGUAAUGUGGAAACACAGGUACCAGGUCUUUUAUGUGGGUGUCAGGAUGUGCCCCCUGACAGCUUCCGAAGGCCAGCAGCAAAACGUCUAGCAUUCUUUCUGAAAGGUGGGAGAGGAAACAGUACGCUGACUAGCUGAGGUUCAAAAAAUAUAUAAAAGAGGAAAGGAAGAAAGAAAAAAACUUUUGACAGUAAUUUUCAUUUUUCUAAAUGAAUAUUUUUAUAUUUUUCAGGAAAUGAAAAGGCAUUUCUUCAGGUUUCUGUAGUAUCUUUAAAAAUUCUUAAUGGGAAAGUAAGAUCCAAAUUGACUUUGGGAUAUUAAAAGAACACCGAACAGCAAAGAAUGGCAUACAUCCAUCUUCCGGCCUGUAGUUUAUUCCUAACACAGGUUUCCCACGAUAUUCAAAAGCAGAUCAUUCCUAUGAAACCUUUCAUGAGGCAGAAUGGCAAUAACCAUUUUGUAAAAGUGAGAAAUCCUCUUUGGAUCUCAUCAGUAAGGGUAAGCAGUACUAAUGUAGUCUUUCAUAAAAGCAAAGUGGCGUAGAGCGAACUUUCAGAUAGUGGGAGUACUCAUUUUAUCCAUUACUUACAUGAUCUUUUUGCCUGUCAGCCCAGUUUGGUGUGUCGAUUGGCAUUUCUGGCCAACUUGCUAAAUUUGGUAGUCUGUUCCAGGCCUUCCCCCCUCCCACCUUUAACUUCACUCUGUCUUGGAGAAUGCAGGGGCUUGGGGAGGCCAGACUGACUCUCUCCACCGCCCCUGGUAGAUAGGUCUUCAAGGUAUGACAUAGCUUCAAGGAGCAGAACAGAGAAGAGACUUUGCAAAAGGCUGAAUGAUGACCAGUGUCUGGGCUGGGGUACCAGCCUUUGCUCUUCAGCUUCCGUAGUUGGGCUUUGCAAGUAGAUCACUUACUGAAGGCUUAGAUGACUGUCUGCUUCUCAGUAAUGGAAGGUGGGUGGUAGUUGUAUUCCUCAUGAUGUGGAAGGUUUAAAAAUAAUCAUACUGUGCUUCCAUUCUAUCAUCUAAAACAAAUCAUUAACACUAAUUUCUAGGUAAUUGUUAAUUAUAAUUAUGCUCAGAAGCCUAUUUAAUGAGCCCUGGCUGUACUUACGUAGCACCGGUGUUAUUAGGAGAAAUUACUCUCACAAGAGAGGUGGUGUAAAGAUUCUUUCCUCUGAGAGCCAAGCUUUACAAGGAGGAAAAAAUAGUCAUUUUUAUGGAUAGCUCAAGUUAAAAAUACUCUUAAACAAAAACAAGAGAAUUUGUAAUGGGAAAUGUUUAUACAAAUAGCACAUUUAUAUGUCGUGAAGUCUCUCUCUUGGCAGCUAACUACUUUUGAGGAAAAAUGGGUAAUGUCAAUGUGCUCCAUUCACAAAACUGUAUCCGAUACAUAAUCCUAUUAUUGAUUGCGUAGGCACAGGCAACCUAGAGGCUUAAACUAAUGUUUUGAAGUCCUUAUUUGAGCAAAGGUCCAUUGACUUUAAGGGUCUUUUUGUUUUGUUUUGUUUUUAAGUGUGACUUAAAAACCUUAACGCAGAGUCUUCCCUCUCUUAUUGUUAUUAUUAAAUUCUGAACAAUAUCAGUGUUUUAUGGAAGGAACUCAGAAUCAAAUUCAUGCAGCAUAAAUGUUUUCAAGAACUUUCUCUAUUAGUGUGCUCUGUUGAAAGCAGAAAACCAAGAUAAUAAUUGAGCUGUUUGCCUUUCUACAUUGCCUGUUGAUGGACUUUACUAAUCACGAAGUUCUACCCUAACAGAAAGCCAUUUUCUUGUUUGCCUUAGAAUAUAAAUGAACAAUUUCAUUGAUUGUGAUGGUAGUGUCAACUUCUACCCACAGUAAAUAUCUAAACAAAAAUGUUAAGUCUGUUAGUUGAAGGAUAGUAAAUAUCUUUCAUGUCUCCCAGAUAAAACACCUGAUUAGCAGAUGUAAAAACCUUUUUCUGUCGACUUGCUUUAAAAAUGGCCUUCUUGAUUCCUCAAGGGAGGAACAACCUAAGACAGGCACAGUUGCAGGGGGGCCAUCAGGUGAGAAAUUGGGGAUCAACAGAGGUGAGGCUUAGAACCUCACCCCCCCUGUUUUGAGAGAAAUCUUC